AAAUUAGAAAAUUGUUUUUUAAAAAAAUAUUUUCCAGUAAAACAAAUGAUUUAGAAAGUCUUUUAUUAUAAAAAUGUAGAUCGCAAAUAACCGAAGCCAUUUUUCAUCUCUUCCCUUCUUUUCCUCCGGCGCAGCCGUCGCUCUCGAUUUCUCCGAAACGGCAACUUCUUAAGUCUCAUCUUACGCUGCCGCCCAACCCACAAGGCCUCCCCUUCUGCCAUCGCUAGCCUCGUCUCAAUCUCAUUUCAAUUUUUUAGUAUCUCCUUCAACCUUUCUCUCAUCUCAGUGUCGGCUCUCGCUUCUACACAAACGACCUUCAACUUCAAGCUCGCCGCUCCUGUCCACAGGCAUUCAACCUAGCCAUGGAAGUUCUACUUUCAACAAUUGGAAAAAUUGGACAGUGCUUUGUUGAGCCAAUUGGGCAUCAAUGUGGCUACUGUAUUCACUACCACAGUAACAUUGAAAAACUCGAGGAGCAUGUUGAAAAACUAGAGGCAACACGAAAAGAUGUAGAGGCAUCCAUAACUACAGCAGAAAGAAAUGGUGAGGUUAUCAAAAAAGAGGUUGAGAACUGGACAUCAAGGGCUGAUGGGGCCAUAUCGGAGGCUACAAAAUUUCUACAAGGUGUUAAGGAAGUGAGGUUUCUUGAUUGGAUUUCUCGUUAUCGGCUGGGAAGGAAAGUUGCAAAGAAAACAAUAGCUAUGGAGGAGCUUAAAAAAGAUGGUAAGUUUGAUCGAGUUGCCAGCCAUGCACCUCCUCCAGGGGUGCUUUCCAUGCCAUCUCAAGAUUUUGUGAUUUUUUAAAGCACGAAAGAAUAUAUACGGAAGAUCAUGGAGGCAUUGAAGGAUGAAGGAACCAGUUUUAUUGGGAUACAAGGAAUGGGAGGAAUCGGUAAAACCACUCUGGUGAAAGAAAUUGCCAAAGAGGUUGAACAAGUUAAGCUUUUUGAUGCUGUUGUAAUGGCUGUGGUGUCACAGACUAUUUCAGUAAGAAGGAUUCAGGAGCAGAUAGCAGAAAUGUUGGGUUUGGAUUUCAAGCAGACAAGUAGCGAACAAGGAAGAGCAAGGAUGUUGCAUACUAGACUAAAGAAAGAGAAUAAGACCCUCAUUAUCUUGGAUGAUAUUUGGGCCAAACUUGACCUUGCAUCCAUAGGCAUUCCAUUUGGUAAUGACCAUAUAGGUUGUAAAAUUAUGAUCACGACACGACGUAGACAAGUGUGCAAUGCGAUGGCCUCAAGAAUUGAGUCCAUAAAGAUCGUCCGGUUUCAUGUUCUAUCAGAGCAAGAAUCCUGGAGCUUGCUUAAGAGGAAUGUCGGCGAUGUAAUUGAGUCUCCCACAAUGAAUUCAGUGGCAAAGGAGAUUUGCAAAGAAUGUAGAGGCUUGCCCAUAGCGAUUCUAACAGUUGGGAGGGCAAUGAGAGGCAAAGACUUGGAACAAUGGAAAGAGGCAGCUCUAGAACUUAAGCAAGCUCGACCUGCGAACAUUGAAGGUGUGGAUGAUGAAGUAUAUAAGUGCCUUAGAUUAAGCUAUGAUUACCUGAGGGAUAAGGAAGCCAAGUUUAUGUUCCUGUUUUGCUGUUUAUUUCCUGAGGAUUUCGACAUUCCUGUGGAGGAUUUAGUAAGAUAUGGGAUUGGUCUGGGAAUAUUUGAAGAUGUGAGAAUACAGGAAGCAAGAAAUAGAGCUCGUUCUAUUGUCAACAAUCUCAAAGAAUCAUGUUUACUUUUAACAAGCAAAUGGGACGGCUAUGUCAAGAUGCAUGAUGUUGUUCGUGAUGUGGCCAAAUCAAUAACAUCUGAUGUGUAUUUUGCGAAAGCUGAUGGUGAAAAGCUUGAGGAGUGGCCGAAUAUUGAAAAUUUAAAACGUUACGCUGCCAUCUCAAUUAUGCAAAGUCAAAUUCCAGAAUAUCCUGCUUCUUGGGAUUGUCCAAACCUACAAACAUUGUUGUUAAGAGAAAACUGCAAUUCGCAAUUGGCUAUGCUAGGAGGAGUCCUCAAAGGGAUGAAAACCCUUAAAGUUGUUGAUCAGAGAAGCAAUUUACCUUUUCCUUUUGAAGAAUCAAUUCCCCACAUCUCACUUGGUCAUCUCACAAAUCUCCGGACAUUGAUUCUCCAAUAUGGUAGAGUGGGUGAUACCAGUUCCCUUGAAGAACUAAAGUUGCUAGAAAUUCUUAGCUUCAGAGGAAGUAUAUUUACUGAGCCAGUGAGUGCAAUGAGAAAGUUAACUAGUCUAAAGUUGCUGGAUUUGGAACAUUGUUACCAUCUUCCACACAUGGAUUCUAUAUUCCCUCACAAUGUCAUAUCCAGUUUACCCCAGUUGCAAGAGUUGUACAUGUGGUCUUCACAAUUAGAAAGGUUUGGUAACUUUGAAAGUUUUGACAUAACUGAGUUGAAAUCUCUGCCUCGCUUAACUGCCUUCACAAUUGUUAUAAAGAAUUUUGAACACAUACCUGAAGGCUUCUCUUUCCCUGAUUUGGAGGUUUUCAAAAUAUCCAUAGGAUAUGGACGUGUUUUCCCUGAUCGUAUGGAGAAAAUAGCUAGAUUUUUAUCUAGAAAAAAUUGUUUGAAUCUUAAAGGUUUAAUCAAAGAUCCAACAAUGUGGGUUACCAGGUAUGGUUGCAUCAAGCCAUUACUGCCGAGAACAAAUGAUCUCUCUCUAUCUAAACUCAAAGGGUUAAGAAAUAUCUUUCCCCUACUAUUCUCAGAGAGAGAUCUAAGAGAUAGUUUAGCUGUCUUGAGAUCUCUGUAUAUCAGCUACUGCUCCAAGCUCGAGUACUUGAUCAAUGCUGAAGAAUGGGAGAUUCUACCCACAACACAGCAGCAGCAGGGAACUUGUUUGGUGGACCUGGAAACAUUGUCGCUUUCAUAUUUGAAAGCCCUAAAAGGAUUAUGCAAAGGUGAGCUACCUUAUGAAAUGUCCCUGUCCAUGAUGAAGCUCAAAAAGUUGAGGUUUAAUGGGUGCCCAAAAUUGUCAAAUGUUUUUGGUUCUCUUAAUCCACAGCUACAAUUGAAGGAACUUGAAGUGCUCCAAGUGGAAUGUUGCAAUGCUUUAGAGUAUAUAUUUGAGAAGAAAGAAGAUGUUCCUCCCCGUUUAUGGGAACUUGAGUUGAAAGAUUUGGGAGGACUAAAGCACAUAUAUAAGUGCUCUACUGAGUUACUUGACCUGGGCAAUCUAGAGUUUCUAUACAUUAAUUGUUGCAACAAACUAAAAGCCAUCCUUCCUGCAUCUGCUGCGCAAAGACUUGGGAAACUGAAAAAAUUGUAUUUGGAAGAUUGUGAUCAAUUGGAGGUUGUUCUUGCCAAACGGCAAGAAGUAGAUGAUAACUGUGAGAAUUUGGUGUUCUCUCAACUAAGAGUGCUUUCACUAAACUGCCUUCCCAACCUGGAAGGAUUUUGCACGGAUUAUACCUUGACUUUCAAAUGGCCAUCCUUGGAAAAGGUAAAGGUGGUUCGUUGUCCCAAAAUGCAAAUGUUUGCUGCUGUUGUGGAUUCUGAAGGAGACUUGAGCACACCAAAGUUGGAGAUGAUCGAAGUAGAUGGUGUUAACAUAAAGCUUGAUGGAACAGAUAUAAACAGAGUCAUGCAAGUCAUGCAAGCCAACUACAGAGGCGAGGGAAUUGCAGGUCCUUCUAACUGACCAAUAAAGCUGUGUGCAGGGAACAACAAAUAAAAUGGAGAGGUAGUUCAAUUUGCUGUCAAUGAGUGCAGCUCAAACAUUGGCAAUGAAAGGGAUGCGUGUGAGCUGUGCUGGGCAUCUCUCAUUUUCUGCUUUUGGCCUUUGGGGUUUUACAUCAAUGUGAGGAUUAAAAGUUUGGGGAAAACAAAUAGAGCAUGGCAAAAUUCUGCAGAGGAGGAGGGUCUUUGAGACAUCGGGAAUCCCACUGUUUCACCGGAUUCUUCGACAAUGCAAUCCAUAGCCUCCUUUUCUCACCGCCUCUCUUCUCUUCCUGCCACCAUCUCCACUGUCAUUUCCACCAGAAGACGGCCUCCGAGUCCAAGCUCCCUCACUUCUGUCCAUCUGCUCAAGUGCAUUUCACUCUGGGACCCUUCCUUAGCUGCUGAGGGAGCAAGUUUCGCAGACGCUGCCAAGCAUGGAAAUUUAGUACUACCUCACUAUUGCAUAUUCUCUGAACAGCUAACUCCGGUUACUGUUUACCGAUUCUUGGUUAAAGAAGAUGGUUAAAGAAGAUGAUGGAGCAAGGUUCGUAGAAGCUGCUAAGAAUGGAAAUUUAAUUCCACUUCACUAUUGCAUAUUCUCUGACCAGCUGACUCCAGUUACUGCUUACCAAUGCUUGGUUAGAGAAGAUGACAGAGAGGCUCCAAGCUUCCUUUUCAAAUAGAUAGAGCCUGGUUUUCAGGUUUCAAGUGUUGUACGCCAGUGUCAUUGGAGCUCAUUAAGAAAUUGAAAUUGUGGCAAAAGAAAAUAAGGUUACAAUAAUGGACCAUGAAGAAGGGUCUCUGACUGAAGAGUUUGUUGAAGAUCCAAUGACAAUACCAAGAAGUAUUUCAGAGAAGGCUAGAAACCCAAGUUAUUACUGAACUUCCAGAAACUUUUUGUGGUGCAGGUUUGUCUAUUCAAGGAUGCACAAAGUUUGGGGAUGCUUCUGUUGGAAAUGUUAAAGCAAAAGGACCAACUUAUGGCAUGUAUCAGGAGGAACUGAACCUCCGCAACUUAACUAGAAUGGCAUUUGCCUGAGAGUCGAGAAUAUCAUGGAUUCACAACUAGAGCCUGAAGAAAACACAUCACAGAGAAAGCAACAGUGCUUGGUCUCUGUGAUUCAAAGCAGGACUUUGAUGCUCCAUGGAGACACCUAGAGACUAAAUGAAAAUAAGAGAUGUGAUUAGGGAAUUAUAUUUGGCUUGGAAAGCAAAAGAAAAAGAAACGAGAAAACAUUAGAAAAUGUAAGAUUUAUGAGGGAAAUCAUGAGAAUCUGUAGGUUUGCUUGAA